AUGGAACUGGAUGGGGGAAAGCAUGUCAUGCUCUCAUACAAUCACAAAAGUAAGAAUGUUGUUGAAGUAGUUUACAAUACUAUGAAAGCCGAACAUAUUCCUGUGUGGUUCGACGAGAGAGACAUGGAUACUAAUAUGUACGACAGUAUGGCUGAGGCAGUCAAUGAUGCUGCAAUAGUGUGUUGUUUUAUGUCACCGGAAUGA